UUUAAAUGGAGAAAGUGCUUCGUAAACUCGAUCAAACAAAGUUAGAUUCAGCUGAGGAUGUUAUCCCUCAAUUUAACAUAGUCCAGUCUUGACUAGCUGACAUAUUUAAGAGCUCUAUAAAUCCUUGAGACUUGCUUAUGACACUUCAUAAUCAGCUGAAGGGGACUAGACAGUUCUGGGCUCCAGAGCUGAUUCACAAGGAGACAGAAGUAAUCAAUGAAAUACCUUCAGGAAACACCCAGAAGGAAGAGUCAAAAUCAAACGAACAGUCUUAUGAGUCAGAGAUGCAACUAAGAUCUCAAAGUAGAGAUGGGAGAACCAAGGCUGGUAAACCGAUAAAAGAGAGAAAGAGAAGGAAUGCAGAAGUUAAUUGCACUAAGCAGCUUCUACACAUCCUUAAGUUGAUUGACAAUAACGUUUUUACUGGACUUAAAGCCAGGUCAAAGAGCCCAGAUUGUAGAACUAAGUCUCAUAACCAAGACAGAGGAUCUAAGUAUAUUGGAGUCUCCAAAAAUGGCAACAACUGGCAAGUCUUGAUCACUAUGAACAAGCAUAAGACAUAUCUAGGAACAUUCACAAAAAUUCAAGCUGCUUUGGUGUAUGACUUUCAUAGUAUCGCAUUCAAUGGGGCAAAAGCAAAGGUCAACUUUACCUACACAGCUGAUUGUGUGAGAGAUAUGAUCAAUAGCUACUUUAGCAAUGGGAAUAAGUUCAACCCACAGCAAUUUGAAGACAGAGUCCAGGAUCAAGUUGACGAUGAAGAUUCAAAUUAGCUUUAAAAAUUCCUUAAAGAUCCCCUUUUCUAUGCUCUUCUCCCUAGUUAACAACCUGUUUAAAACUUUUCGGGGUCAUAACUACCUCCCAAAUUUUCCAAAACUCGGUUUAAAUCCCCACUUUUUAGCUUGGGCUUUUCUUGUGGUAC